GGUCGGCCUAGAAACGGUGCUUCGGUUGAGAAUCUCUGCAGCGCUAACAGUUGUGACACUUUUACCCUCUCCACCGACGCUUUCGACGUCAUCGCCAAACACGACGCCGGUCGUGUUCAGAUCACUUACAAACGCAGACUGCGGGAGAUGGCGAGGCGGUUGCGGACGAGGCCAAGGCUGGCGCUGGUGUGA